AUGUCCCUCGACUCCCAGAACCCCUUCAACCCCUCCGAUCCGCACGCCCGCUUUGUCAGUACCUCCUGUCUCGACCUGUUGCUAAUUGAAAUCGUCCCCAUGGCCGAACGAAUAACGCAAGACCUCCUCGUCAACUCCACAACUACCGAUGGAACCAAUAAUGCAGUCGCAAAAAUAGAAGAUGAAGAACUACAAGAAGCGACGUUUUACCGUCUCGAGAUGCUGGGAUAUAGAGUUGGGCAAGGUCUUGCGGAACGAUUCUCCCGCGACCGACCACGCUUCACAGACAAUCUGGAUGCAAUAAAAUUCAUAUGCAAGGAUCUAUGGACGAUAUUGUUUAGGAAACAGGUUGAUAAUCUCAAGACGAAUCAUAGGGGUGUUUAUGUUCUUUCAGAUAAUGCUUUUCGGCCCCUGACAAGGAUGAGUAUGGCUGUUAGGAGUGAGGCUGUGGCUCGUGCGGAAGCUUUUCUGUGGUUCCCCUGUGGUCUUAUUAGAGGUUGUUUAGCGAGUUUGGGCAUCGACGCUACAGUGCAGGCUGAGACGUCGGAGCUUCCUGGGGCUACUUUUCAGAUCAAGAGUAACCAGGCAAAGACAUGA